UAAUUAAUAACCCAAAAUGGCGAAUAUUAAGGCCGUGAUCGGCUCCUUCGCUGCCGUCCUCGUGGUGGCGGCGGUGAUGGCCGUUGUCGGGACGGUGUACACCUACCGCCACAAGCCGCCGCCGCCAUCGUCGGAUGACCCCACGUCUAUCAAAUCCCUGUGUGGGCAGACCGAUUACAGCGAGCUGUGCAUGCGCACUGUCGGCGGCCACGUCAACUCCUCUGCCGCCCAGCCAAAAGCCAUCAUCCGGGCCGCGUUCGAAGCCGCCGUGGUUUCCGUGUCCGACGCCCACCGCCUCAGCGACAACGUCAGCGCCGGCGCCGCCGACGAGUUCAACCGCAACGCCUUCGCCGACUGCAAGUCGCUGCUAGAUUUCGCCACCGAGGAGCUGCAGGCGGCGAUCACGGAGUCCGACGACGUGGCGCGGAAAGCCGACGACAUCAAGACGUGGCUCUCGGCAGUGCUCACCUACCAGGAGACCUGCGUCGACGGCAUCACCCAGCCUGAGCUGCAGGACGCGAUGAGGAAGGGGGGCAUGGAGACGGCGUCGCAGGCCACCAGCAAUGCCAUCGCCUUCGUCGACAUCCUCAGCCCCCUGCUUAAUUCUUUCAAACUUACCUCAUCAGGGCGGCGGUUGUUGUCGGCGGAAGAAGGCAAGCACCCUUCCUGGUUCUCUCAGCACGAUCGGAAGUUGGUGGCGGCGCAGUCGAGGGGAGAGCUGAGGCCGAACGUGGUGGUGGCGCAGGACGGGAGAGGAGAUUUCAGUAGCAUAAACCAGGCCCUGACGGCGAUGCCGAAGAACUACGCCGGGAGGUACGUGAUCUACGUGAAGGCAGGGGUGUACAAAGAGUACGUGAAGGUGACAAAAGACAUGAACAGAGUGUUCAUGUACGGCGACGGGCCGAGGAAGACGAUCGUCACAGGCAGCAAGAACUACGUCGACGGGGUCGGCACCAUGAACACCGCCACCUUCGCGGUGGUGGGACAGGGCUUCAUCGCGAAGUCGAUGGGGUUCAGCAACACGGCGGGGCCGCAGAAGCACCAGGCGGUGGCGCUCCGGGUGCAGUCGGACAUGGCUGCCUUCUUCAAUUGCCGGAUGGACGGGUACCAGGACACCCUCUACGCCCACACCCACCGCCAGUUCUACCGCAACUGCGUCAUCUCCGGCACCGUCGACUUCAUCUUCGGUGACUCCGCCGCCGUCCUCCAGAACUGCCUCAUCAUCGUUCGCCGCGGCAUGGACGGGCAGCAGAACACCGUCACCGCCCACGGCCGAAAAGAAGCGCGCUCCAACACCGGCCUCGUCAUCCAAAAUUGCCGGAUCCUGCCAGACAAGAGGCUGUUCCCCGACCGGCUGAGGAUCCCCAGCUUCCUCGGGCGGCCAUGGAAGGCCUACUCGCGUACGGUCGUGAUGGAGUCCACCGUCGGCGACCUCAUCCGGCCCGAAGGGUGGAUGCCGUGGGACGGCAACCUUUACUUGGACACCCUGUACUACGCCGAGUACGGCAACCGCGGCCCCGGCGCCGGCACCAGCGGACGCGUCAAGUGGCGAGGCUUCCACGUCAUCGACAAGCCGACGGCGCAGCGGUUCACGGUGAACUCCUUCAUCAAAGGGAACCUGUGGAUCCCCUACGCCAGCAUCCGCUACCUCGGCGGCCUCAAGUACUGA